GGAACUAUCUCGUCCGUUGGUCGAUACGUCAAGAAAUAUGGCAUCAGUACCGAGAUCGUUCUCGCCGAUACGCAAUUCUCCAUCUACUACGAUUAUGUCAUGUACGGCAGAUUCAAGAACGAAUCUGGAGCGAGUUUAUGGGUAGAGCCAGGCAUGGCCGGAAUCGGUUAUGGACCAAUGGGAAUGGCACGUAGAGGCGAAACAACAAGUAUCGAUACUACAGGGCUGCAUGUUACAAGAAAUAUUGAACAACAAAAAGCCAUAGAAAUUACAUCUUCAAGAGUUGAUUGA